AUGAAUAAAUAAUUCAUCAUAUUUGCAUUGUUGCUUGCCUUAGCAACAAGUCAAACUUACAGUAUAACAUCAUGCUCAUGCGUAUAAUUGUUAUCAGAAGCAGAUUGUUUAAAAAAUGUUUCACUUGGAUGUUCUUGGGAUAGCACAAAGAAAUCUUGUGCCGUUUCAACUACUCCCGUCACUCCAACAGUGACUUUUGCAACAUAUUGUGAAAGCUUUGCAGAAGCAGAUUGUCCAAAAGCUAAACCUUGCACAGAUUGUGGUAAUUAUGCUGCCUGUGCCUGGGUUGGAGGAAAAUGCACACAUUUCACAGGAUGCACAGCCUUUUCAAAAACAACAGAUCCUGAAUGUUAAGCAAUAAGUAAUAGAUGUAUUACAGAUGGAACUCAUUGUGUUGAACUUGAUGCUUGUAGCACAUACAAGAAACAACUUCCUUGUGUCAAAAAUUCAUCAGGAAGCUUGUGUUAUUGGGAUACAACAAAUAAUACUUGUGUAGAUGCUAAUAAUUGUGAUAGAUUACCAACUACAUUUGUUACAGAUAAAGAAUGUAGAGAUGUGAUAUCAACUUGUACUACAAAGACUGGAGGUGGAUGUGUUGAUAGUGGAAAUAAUUGUAGUGAUUAAACAUUAGAAAUUUAAUGUGUUUGGAAUAAAUUAAGAUCAAUGGCAUGUUAUUGGGAUGGAGCAGCAUGUAAAGAUAGAAUUUGUGAUAAUGCACCAAUAACAUUAACAACUGAUGAAACUUGUAAAACCUUUAGAACUGAUGGAACAUGUACAACUAAAGCUAAUGGAGGAUGCGUUACUAGAACUACUUGUGCAGCUGCAACUAUCUAAGCUGCUUGUAUUAAAAAUAGUUCAGGUGGUGAUUGUUAUUGGACUGGAACUGCAUGUGUUGAUAAGAUAUGUACAAAUGCACCAACUACUAUGACAACUAAUUCUGCUUGUGCUGGAUUUGUAACAGGAUGUAUUACUAAAUCAGGUGGAGGUUGUGUAUCUAAUGGAGCUUGUUCUGCUGCAAAUGUCUAAGCAGCUUGUGUUAAAAAUUCAUCAGGAACUGAUUGUAUUUGGGAUACAACAUGCAAAGAAAAGACUUGUGCUAAUGCACCAACAACUAAUAAUACUCAUGAAUUAUGUUCAUCAUAUUUACCAACAUGUACAGUUAGAACAGGAGGUGGAUGUUAACCUAGAAGUUGUACAAAUGCUCCAACAACAUUAACAACAAAUGAUGCAUGUGAAGCAUAUUUACCAAAUAAUAAUUGUAUAACAAAGACAGGAGGUGGAUGUGUAACAAAUACUACAUGUUCAUUAAUUACAUUAGAAGCUGCUUGUAUCAAAAAUGUUUAUGGAGCUACUUGUUUCUGGGAUACUGCAAGUUCAGGCUGCAAAGAUAAGAUUUGUACAAAUGCUCCAUCAACUAAUAAUACUCAUGAUUUAUGUGUUGCCUUUUUAUCAACCUGUACAGUAAAUUCAACAAAUGCUGGUUGUGUAGAGAAAACCUGUGAAAAUUCAUUGGCAUAAACUAUUUGUGAUAAAGAUUUGAAUAACAAAGCCUGUAUUUGGAAAGGAAAAUGUUAUAAAAAAGAAUGUGUACUAGCUUCAUCAGCCUCAGCAACCCAUACAGAUUGUUAAACUUAUGAUUCAAGUUGUACUUUGAGUAAUACUGGUGCUGGAUGUGUUCCAAUACCUCUUAAAUGUGAAGCCUAUACAAUUGAAUCUGCAUGUAAUGUGAGAUUAUAAGUUACAAACGGAGUUAAAUCAUACUUACCAUGUGGUUGGAAUGGUUCAUAAUGUAUUGAUAAAGCCUGUUCAACUGCUUCUAGAUCAUUUACAACAACUGAUGAAUGUGAUAGUUACAAAUCAGGUUGUGUUGCCAAUAAUCCAGUUAAUGGAACAAUUUCAGGAUGCUAAGAUUUACCAACAACUUGUGCUGCUAGAAGAUCAACAGAAAAUUGUUAAAUCUCAAGAAAUGGAUUACCAACAUGUUUAUGGAAUACUGCUACAUCUGCAUGUGUUGAGAAGACUUGUGCAACUGCUAAUGUUACAACAACUCCAGGAUUCUUAGUAGCUUUUAAUAAUACAACUUGUUCUGGUUAUUUAACUAAUAGUUGUAUAGCCAAUAAUACAGCUGAUAAUUGCAUUCCAAAACCAUCAAGUUGUAAUUCUUUGGUUUCAUCUAAUUGUCAAAGAGGAUCAAAAGCUAAUGGAGAUUGUUAUUGGAAUGGUAGUAGUUGUGUUGAUAGAAUUUGUACAAAUAUCACAUAAACUACUCACGAUAAUUGUUAAAGCGCAUUAAAUACAUGCACAGUUAAUAAUGCUAGAACAGCUUGUUAAACAUUAGCCACUGCUUGUACUUCUUAUGGAUCAGCUGAAAAUUGUAAAUUUAUUUCAAAUGGAAAAAGUUGCAUAUGGACUGGAUCAGCUUGUAGAAAUGCAACUUGUGCUGAUGCAUCAGAUAAUGAUUCAUAUGAUGAUGAUAGCGAAUGUUCCGAUUAUCCUAGUCCUACUGAAACUUGUACAGUUAUAAACAAAACAAGAGGAUUAGGAUGUGUGACAAGAUUACCUAAUUGUAAUGACUAUGGGUCAGCAGCAUAAUGUUUUAGAACUUCAACAGCCAACUCAGAUGAUUGCACUUGGAAAUCACUCUAUAACAAAUGCUUUUCUAAUACAUAACUCCAAAAUGCUUGUUCAACAUAUACAGGUAAUCAAGAUUAAUGUGAAUCUAUUAAAACAGGAUGUACUAAUACUGCAAGUGCUACAGAAUCAGAUGCUUGCAUAUUUUCUUGUGCUGUAAUAACUGGAUUAUCAAAUGCUACCCAUGCAGAUUGUUAAGCAGAAAAUCCUUCUUGUACUGUGAAUGCUGGUGGAACUGCAUGUGUUACACAAUAAGCAGCUUGUAGUAGUUAUACAUCAUCAGGUGAUUGUGUUAGAAGAACAGAUGGUUCGAGAUGUCAUUGGAAUGGUAGUGCUUGUGCAGAUUUUGUUGCCGCAAAUUGCGCUUCUAUCACUGGAUUAUCAAAUGCAACUCAUUCAACCUGUUAAGCAUAUCACUCUACUUGUACAGUUAAUAUUGCAAAAAAUGCAUGUAAUGAGUAAAAAGCAGCUUGUAGUGAUUAUGAUUAAACUACUUGUACUUUUACAACUGGUGGUACAAGAUGUCAUUGGGGUGGUAGUGCUUGUGCAGAUUUUGUUGCCGCAAAUUGUGCUACUCUCACAGGUUUAACAGGUGCAACUCAUUAAUCUUGUUAAGGAUAUCACACUGGUUGUACAGUUAAUAUUGAUGGAACUGCAUGCUCAGAAUAAAAAGCAGCCUGCACUGAUUACGCUUAACCUACUUGUACUACUACUACUGGUGGUACAAAAUGUUAUUGGGAUACUACUCUUAAUAGUAGCGCUGGUGGUUGUACAGCAAUUGCAGCAGCAGCCGAUUGCGCUUCUGUUACAGGAUUAACAAGCGCAACUUACUCAACCUGUCAAGCUUAUAACACUGCUUGCACUGUUAAUGCUGCUGGAAAUGCAUGCUUAGAAUAACAAGCUAAUUGCAGUGGUUAUGAUGCUUCAACUAAAUGUACUAUUAAAACUGGUGGUACAAGAUGUCAUUGGGGUGGUAGUGCUUGUGCAGAUUUUGUUGCCGCAGAUUGUGCUGCUAUCGCAGGAUUAACAACUUGGAAUCACUCAACCUGUUAAGCAUAUCAUAAUUCUUGCACAGUUAAUGUUGGUGGAACUGCAUGUUAAGAAUUAAAAGCAGCUUGUGGUGAUUAUGCUAAUUCAUCUGCAUGCACAAGAAUCACUAGUGGUUCGAGAUGCUUUUGGGAUGUUAGUGGUGGUUCUGGUGUUUGUAUAGAAAUUACAUCAUCAAAUUGUGCUUCUGUUAUAGGAUUAAUAGCUGCAACUCAUUCAACAUGUUAGGCAUAUCAUUCUGCUUGUCUUGCAAAUCUUGCUGGUACUGCAUGCUUAGCAUUUACAACAUGUGAAGCAAUCACAGGCUCAAAUCUAACUUGGGAUAGAUGUUAAGGUUAUAGUGCUACAUGUAGUGUAAGGAGGGAUGGAAACGGUUGUAUAACUAUAUAACCUUAAUGUUCAGGAUAUACAACAAUAACCAGUUGUUAUAGAUCAACUGCUGGAUAUUGUACUGCUAAUAGCGCUGAUAGUUCCUGUUCAUCUAUAACAGCUUCAACUACUUGUGAAGCAAUAAAAUUAGGAGCAUCAUUUACAUUUAAUGGCACAAUAUGUAAUGAAUUGAAAACAGGUUGCAUAGCAUAAGGAACUACAGGAUGUUAAGCUAAGUCAUGCACUAAUUUCACAGGAACAUUUAAUCAUUCAAAUUGUAAUACAUGGUUGCCUACUUGCACAGCAAAUUUAGUUACAUCACCAACUGCAUGCACAACAAUGGGAGCAACAUGUGCUAGUUUGGCUACUACUGCAUGCGUUUGGGCUGUUGAAGGUGAAUGUGUUGUCUCAGGAACAUCUUGUGUUAGAAAGACAUGCGAUACAGCUGCAGCAGAUACAAACUUUAACACUCAUGAUGAAUGCUUUAGUUAUCUAUCUUCAUGCACAGUUGCAAGAAUAGGAGGUUGUUAACCAAGAGCUGCUUGUUCAACAUAUAAGUCAAGUAAUUAAUGCAGAUUCAAUACGACUGGUGGUAGAUGUUUCUGGAAUGCAACAAAUAAGACUUGUGUUGAUUUCAGUUGUGGUAACAUUGAAUAAACAUCUUUAUAUGACACUCAUUCUAAAUGUUCAUCAGCUGAUUCAACAUGUACAGUUAGAGCUACUAAUGGAGCUGCUGUCCCUGGUUGCAUGGCUAGAGGAGCAUGUAGUUCUUAUUAAAUUGAGGAUUAAUGCAACAGAAAUGCAACAGGAGGUGUUUGUGUUUGGAACACAAAUUUAGCCUCAGCAGCAUGUUAAGAUAAAUCUUGUAGUACUGCCCCAACUGCAACAGCAACACAUGAUGAUUGUAAUACCUAUUUCUUCACAGCCUCCAUUAGAUGUACAGUAGUUGCCACAGCAGAUGCAAAUGGUGGUGCACCAGUACUCGGAGGUUGUCAAUAAACAGCAGCUUGUGCUACUUAUAUUCAUUAAGAAUAAUGUAAAUUCAAUGCUACUGGAGAUGCUUGUGGAUGGAAUGGUACAUAAUGUGCAGAUAAGUCAUGUGCUACUGCACCUGCAACUGCUGAUUAUGAUGAUAAUGAUAAAUGCAGAGCUUAUUUCAGUAAUAAAUGUACAGUUGCAGAAUCAGGAUAAGGAUGUGUUGAUAUACCAGAUACAUGUGAAACUAUGGUUGAAAAAUAAUGUGUUAGUGAUAAAUCUGGUAGAUUAUGCUAUUGGAAUGGAACUGGUUGUAUUACUAGAACUUGUGAAAAUGCUCCAGAAGCAACAGCUUCUCCUGAUGAAUGUAAUACUUAUUUGGCUGGAUGCACUUUAGAUUCAGUUAAAUGUAAGACUAAAGUUUGUGAAGACUUUGCUUUUGCCACUGAUGCUUUAUGUAAAUAAUCUUUAAGCACAUGUACAACAAAUGGAACAAAUUGUAUCACAAGAGGAACUUGCUUCUAAGCAAUGAGUUAAGCUGGUUGUGUUACUUCAGCAACAAAUCAAUAAUGUGAAUGGAUGCCAGCUGUUGGCAGUAAUUAAGCCUAUUGUACAGUAAAGACAUGUAAUACUGCUCCAGUUACUUUAACUUCUGAAGCUGCCUGUGCAGGUUAUUUCACUAACUGUACUACAAAGAAUGGAGGUGGAUGUGUUACUAAAUCAACUUGUGCAGCUGUUACUGUUGAUGCUGCUUGUACAACUGCUCUUAAUGGAACUAUUUGUGCUUGGGAUAGUGCAUAAAAUAAAUGUAGAGACAAAGAUUGUUAAGAUUUCAGUGGAACUACUCAUGCUGCUUGUUAAGGUUAAAGAGCUGGAUGUACUGCUGGAGCUAAUGGAAAAUGUGCUAGAGUUUAAAAUUGUGAAUAAACUACAUUGAGAAGUGCUUGUAUUGAAGGAACAAAUGGACCAUGUUUAUGGGUUAAUGACUUUGUUAACUCUGAUGGAUCAACUGGAGCUUGCUUUAGAUAUACUUCAUGCAAGAGUUUGACUUGGAAUUCUGAUACAUAAUGUAAAUGGUUAAGUAAUUAAUGUACAACAAAUGGAUCUAAUUGUAUUGGUAUUACUUUAUGUUCUGAAACUAAUACUGAUGGUGGAUGUGUCACAGGAUAUGAUGGUGCUUGUAUAUAAUCAGUACCUGCUUUGAAUUCUUCUGAUCCAAAGGUUUGUAAACCAUAUACAUCUUGUGCUGAUGCUUUCUAUACAACUCAUUCAGAUUGUUAAAUUGCUAGUAGUAAAUGUACAACAAAUGGAACAACUGGUUGUAUUGCAUUAGGUGCUUGCUCAUCUUAUACUUCAUAAGCAGGAUGCGUUUUCAAUGAUAAAGGUGUCAUUUAUACAUCUGGAGUCAUCACUUCAACUGGUAUUUGUUCAUGGGAUGCAACAGCUAGUAGUUGCAGAGAUUAAUCAUGUGCUGAUUUGACUGGAACAAACCAUGCAGCAUGUUCUUCAUAAUUAUCAACAUGUACAUCUGACGGAACAACAUGUUUAGUCAAAGGAGCAUGUUCAUCAUACACAACUUAAACUGCCUGCACAACUGCUGUUGGAUCUGAUGGAACUUGCUAUUGGGAACUUGCAUCUGCUACAAAUAAUAACACAGCUAAAUGCAGAUUAUUAACUUGCCCAGAUAUUCAAAAUGGUACAGCAACCAAUGUUUGUUCAGUAGCUUUGUCAUCAUGUGUUUCAGAUGGAACAGCUUGUAUUACAAAAGCUAAUUGUUCAACUUAUAAAACUAAGACAGCAUGUAAUUCAGGUGGAUUAGAUGGUAUUUGUGUAUUCACUUAAUCAACUGCUACAGGAGCUGCUGCUGGUACUGGAACUUGUGCAUUAAUGACAGCAUGUACCACUGCUAAUAAUGAUUAAGUUGCUUGUUAAUAAGCCAGAGAUAGAUGCUCAUGGACUGCAGCAUCAGGAACUGGUGCAACUGCUGUUCCUAGUAAAUGUGCCACUCAUACUUGUGCUACAAAUUAAGCAACUAAUGGUGCUUGUACAAGAUUCUUGAAUUGGGAUAAAAAAACUUAAUAAGUUUGUACUCUUGUUAGUGGAACAUGCACAGCAACAGAUCCAUCAACUUUAUCAUCAAAUGAUUGUUUCUUGGUUUCUGGAUAUACAUAUACAUGGAAUGCAGCAACAAGCAAAUGUGGAGUUUGCACUGCACCUGUUGUUUAACCAAAUAAUACAGAUAAUAAUACAAACAAUACAAAUAACUAAACAACAACCGAUUCAGGAUAUAUUCUUGGAUUAUCAACAGUCAUAUUAGGAUAUCUCAUGUUCUGA